GCUUGCUGUAAACUAUGACCUUGAGAGGACGCGUACGUCAAGUUUGUUCCAGACGUCAGAAGUUUCAUAGCUGUGCUCUCAGAGCAGGAUUCUGAAGGAGAAAAAAAAGAGAAACAGAAGAGCAGCAAGGCACUUGGAUAUGAACGCCAAAGGUUGCUUAACAUUGUGUACUAGAACGGACAGAGGUAUAAUAAUUAUUAUACCACAAUAGGCGCUAAUGAUGUCUCCAUGAAACAAGUAAUUAUGUUUAACAACAGCAGAAUAAGUUCAUAUAAACCGGAUAAUGUAGUAGUAGUUAACGGCCAGCCCGGUUUAGUUACUGACAUAAAGGAUAUCCUUUAUGUCAGUAGUAGUCCAUCAUAUGAUGGACUACUAAAAUUUAGGACUUUCAUUGACCCACGCAAUUACUUUGAAGAUCCUUUCCCAUCUUGUGAUAUUGGAAUCUUUAUGUGCUCCGUAGUUAGCCAUGAAUACACAUGGGUUUCAGUUAAGAACAUUGAUUGUAAAUGUAUAGCCAUCAAUUGUACCAAUUACAUAGUUGUAAUCCCAUUGUUGCAUACUUUAUUGUAAAUGCAUUUCGUUUCAUUAGUGUUUAAUUAGUGAUGAUAAACCAUUUACUUACGUCUUAUGUUCUUUUCAGCCCACUAACAAGAAAUACGUUAUUGUUGACGCCCUUAAAAAAAACAACUUUUGAUAGCAUCAAAAAAAUGGAUAGUUGGCAAUGACCUUUGCGCUUUUCCGAAUGAGAUGGUCGAUAUACACCUUCAGAAGUGCGACCAACCUAAUGACAAUUGGUCACUUAUGAAGUGUAAAGUUAUUCAUGAAUUAGAAUCUCUGCAGUCUGCAAAAGAUCUGUUAGCUUCCCUGCAAAGACUGCAAUCUCACCUUGAAAACACUUCAACGGAUGAAAACACUCUGCCGCAUAACACUGAGAAGCCCAAGAGAGGUGUAAUGAAACGUAAAGAUUUUCUUUACAAUUCAGUAGACAUGGAUGUGGCUGAGAUGCAGGCUGGGAAUAUCCGCGUACAAUAUCCCAAAUUUCGUGUUUUCGACAAAGUGAUAUCUCCAAUCGCCAAUUCAACACAAUUAGAGACAUCACCAUCGACAUCGGAAUGUAAGCAUGUUGGUGGCGCUGUAUUGGACCAGUUGUAUGCUGUGGUGCUGAAGAUGUCGUCAGCUAUCAAUGACUUGACUAAAACGAUUAACAACAUGUCGUCCGCCAUUACGAACUUGAAUGUUAAUGUUAACCAAUUGCUUUCAAAGUCUAAUGAGCGCGAAAGACCGCAUGAAUUCGAUUGCGGACUGUCAAGUCAGCAGUUCCCUUUGUCAUCUGAAGAGGAACUACAGAUGCUAGACACUGGUUUGUCGCAGAAAGAAACCAGGGACAGAUUUAUGGCAAUGGUCACUAGGUUAUCAGGUGACGAUCCAAAAACGUCCAUGCGUUUUAUUCUGUCGCAUCUGCUGACACCGGAGGUUGCCAGUAAAUUCACGUUACUUGGCACCUCUUCUAAACGAGCACUACAUAAAUGCACGUUUUACAGCUGCAUACGAAGUGCCUUAACUCAUCGUUUUUUGUCAUCCUCUGUAAAUGAGAAAGACCUUGGUAAGCUAUACGACAUAGCGACACAAGGUUACUUUCACGACCUCCGAGACAUGAUGAUAAAACGAAAUAGAAGAAAAGAAAAUCAGUUACAGUCAACAAUACUGACGAACAUAACCAAUUCACAGGACGACUACCCCAAUUGUGAUUAGUCCGAGCAAAUGCUUUGAUGUUGUACCUCGAUUUCAAUAAACAUUAUUCAUUCAAACAGCUUACUCUUUUACGUACAUGGGAAACUGUUGAAGUGUUGAGAAUGUGUGUUUGAGUUUCAGUGAACUAUUGAUUAAAUGCACAUUUCUUAUGAAUACAUCAUAACCUGUUCGUUCUUUUUCAGAUAAUUUCAAAUAACAAUGUAUUAGCAAUUGUAUUGGAUAUGCAUAACAAUCGAUGCUUCACCUUGUGCUCUACUGUUGUACAAUAAUACGCUUUUCUUUUUCAAUAAAAUUUUUGAAAUA